AAUUCGAGGAAAUGUUAUGCUGGCCCGCCUUUGUAAAAUGAUCAGUGGCGUGCACAUGCCAGUAGCUGUGUCCUCUACGGUCUAUAAUUUGCUUUAAAGAAGCAAUGAAGGACAUACUUUUACUGCUGGUUCUGCUGAAUGCCCGAACUACCAAGGUCUGCUCUCAGCCCUAUGAGCCAGACUCAAAUGGAACCUGUCGUGACCGAACAACAGAGUACCUGUCAGAUGAAUCUAACCGCUGCUGCAAGAAAUGCCACCCUGGACAGCGACAGAAAGAGAAGUGCACUGAAACUACUGAGACCGUGUGUGAACAAUGUCCAGCAGGCCAGUACAUGGAGAGCUUUAACUAUUCUCCAACCUGCUUCGCCUGUGACAAAUGCAAAGCAAACAAAGGUCUGCAGCCUGGCCAAAAGUGCUCCUCUACCACAAAAUCCAAGUGUGUGUGCCAGCCUGGGAUGUACUGCGUCUUGGGAUUUGAUGACCCGUACUGCACAGAGUGUAACAAGUACAAGACAUGCAAAGUUGGUUUUGGCGUGUCUCAGCCAGGGACGGCAAACUCAGAUGUGAAGUGUAAACGAUGCCCUGAUGGAACGUUCUCCGAUAAAGACUCGGACACAGACCCCUGUCAGCCUCAUACCAACUGUUCCAGGAGUGGUGUUGUUAGAAAAGGCAACGCUACCUCAGACAAUGUGUGUGCUAAGCCAAAUGAUCAGUUCACUGAGACACUGUUCAAAACUGCAAGUACAACAACAAACAAAGUCUUAGCAACCUCAGACUCCAAGGCUCCACAUGGACCGACAAACCCCACGCCGUCUAUCAGCCAUCUGCCAUCUACCGUUUCAGAGACAGUACUUGUACUUUCAACAAAAAGCCUGCCAACAAGCCCAGGAUUUGACAGUAUACUGGCUGCAGCUAUUCCCACUAUCAUUGGAUCAAUACUUCUUUUCAUCAUCAUUAUUCUGCUGUGCCUUUGUAAACCCAUGUGUAAGAAAGAUGCUGAAAAUUAUUAUCCUUCAGUAGAUGCAAAUGGAAAUGUUGAAAGUAGCGAUAAAAUCAAUCAGGGUUAUUUGGGUAAAACCCAGUUGGAUUCAUUCACUGUUAUGUCACCAGAACAACAGUGUCUGCUGGAGAAAGGGGAAGCCUACAGUGACCACAGUCAGAGCAGUAACAAUACUGAAACUUUAACCAGAACAAACGGCUGCAGCAGCUUCGAGUCCAUCGACCCUUUGCAAUCCACCAUACCUCUUUACAAUCCAUGCUCUGCUCUGUCACAGCCCAUGGCUUUACUUUCCAACGUGGAGCCUGUCACUCCCCAGCCCAGCGUCCAAACACAGUCCUCCUCUCAGCCCACCAGCCCACAGAUCAUAAGCCCCGUGACCACCAGCCCCCACGUCAACGUCAACAUCACUUUUCACAUAGGAAAUGGGACCUGCGGGACACCGUCUGUCCUGCCCACAGACUUGAUGCAGGGAGAGUCUAAACUCCCCUUUGGAGAGGAAGAAGAGUCCUUUAGCAUCCCACAGCAAGAAGCCGGCAAACAAUCCCUGAUGUCAGUGCAGGAGGAGAGUGCAAGUUAUAGUGCAUGAAGAAUCCCCUUUAUGAAAGACUGAUAAAGCCAUUUGUUUUGGCUUUGUGUCAUGAUACAGCAUUGAAAACAAUCUCACAACAAAUGGCUUAACGCUUUCUUCUGUUUACAUAACAAACUCAUCAACUGCUACUUUGUGUGUUUAUAUGUAUAUACAAUAUGCUAUAAAUAAAGAUGUGCAUUUUGUCUAUCCUUCA